AUGGUGGCCAUCAUCAAGGACGUGUUCGACAAGGCGGCUGCCGAGCGUGGCAGCCAUUACGCGGACUCUUCGUCGGAGCGCUCGGCGACAAGCGUCAUGGACGAGGCGGCGCUGACGGCGUCUCUCGGCGGCACCGAGAUGAGCACUGCACCCACCAGCCCUCGCGGAGGCGCCAGAAAGUCGGAGCCCAAGGAGGCGUCGCCCCACAAGGCCGAGGCGCCCGGCAAGGCCGCCGGCUCCCGUAGCGCGCCGGAGGACACGAAGUCGCGCAAGGAGCCGUCGACGGCAGCGCCUCCGCGUGAGGGGGGGACGACGUCGUCGUCGCCCCAGGGGGACAAGUCCGGGGCCGCCGAGAAGGCGGCUUCGUCGCCGCGGGACAAGGGCUUGCCCCGCAAGAGCGCCAUGAAGAAGGGAGCUCCGGCCGAGGAGAAAGGGGCGCUGUCGCGCAAGGACCAGGCGCAGAAGUGA